UCAUCACCUCUUCAUCCCACCCCCCCGCAUAUAUGAGGGCACCGCUGCUCUUUUUAGACUCAUCUGUCGGACUGAGUCCAGCUGUGACAAACCUUCGAAAUCAGACCGAGUUCGACUGCAUCGAAUCCGGGAACACAAUUUUACCACGAUGAUGCUGUAUCUGUUACUCCUCCAGCUGGUCCUGGCUCCAGCCCUUUUGGUGUCCGCUGAGGACUACUGGGAUGGGUGGGGUGCAUACGGACCAUGCAGUCGGACUUGCGGCGGUGGUGUAAUGGUCAAAAGCAGACGCUGCAUCACCCACAGGAAUGACGGAGGCCACAACUGUGUUGGACCUGACAAGUCUUAUCUGGCCUGUAACACCGAGGAGUGUCCCGCGGGAACCAAGGAUUACCGCGAGGAGCAAUGCUCCCAGUUUGACGGGACUGACUUCAAGGGGUCACGCUACGUCUGGGUGCCUUAUUACGGAGCCGAGAACCCCUGUGAGCUGAACUGUGUGCCAAAGGGAGACAACUUUGUCUACCGCCACAGUGCCACCGUUAAGGAUGGGACACCUUGCCACCCUGGACGCCCUGACAUUUGCGUGGACGGAGUCUGCAGGCGCAUGGGCUGCGACAACGUGCUGGACUCCCGUGUGGAAGAGGACCCCUGCCUGCAGUGUGGAGGCCACGGACAGUCCUGCUCGCUGGUCAAGAACACCUUCAACACGCAGCGUCUAGCCCACGGUUACAAUCAGAUGUUCACCAUCCCCGCUGGAGCCACCUCUAUCAGCAUCAGAGAGAAACGCCCCUCACGCAAUUACCUUGCCGUCAGGAACCUGCAAGGAGAUUACUACCUGAACGGCCACUGGCUCCUGGAGUCCACCCGUGCCACCCACAUUGCCGGCACCAAGCUGUUCUACCAAAGAGGCGUAGAGGGCGACAACAUUCCCGAGACCAUCAUCGGCCGCGGACCCACCACCGAGCCCCUUGUCGUGGAGUUGAUCAGCCAGGAGCCCAACCAGGGUGUGGAGUACGAGUACUACCUUCCCGUGGGACACCCCACAGAGGGAUACUCGUGGAGUUUCGGAUCUUGGUCUGCCUGCACCAAAGAGUGCGGAUCAGGCCACCAGUCCAGAGCCGUCUACUGCUCCAUCGACAACGAGGUCGUGCCCGACUACCUGUGCGUGUACUACGCCCGGCCCGAGAACAACAGAACCUGCAACGUUCAGGCCUGCCCUGUCACCCACUCCUGGAGAACCGGCGAGUGGAAUGACUGCGACGCCCCAUGCGGAGGUGGCUUCCAGUACCGCGGCGUGGACUGUCUGUAUAAUGACGAGUCAGGACCCCGUGUGGUCGAGGAUGCCUACUGCGCUCAGUACAGUCAGGCACCCACAGACCAGCAGAAAUGCAACAUGCAGGCCUGUCCUGACUACGGAAGAGCGAUCAUUUCCUACAUCCCCGCUGAGAACGCCGUCCAGUGCCGCACCACCACCUACGGGUGCUGCUACGACCGCACCACCCCCGCAGCUGGGCCCAAUGGAGAGGGCUGCCGCGACCCACCUGCUCCUUACGAGCGCUCCAUCUGCUCUCUGCCUAAGGCUGCCGGAUCCUGCGCCAGCUGGACCGCUCGCUUCUUCUUCAAUGUUCUAACGAACAAGUGUACCGAGUUCUGGUAUGGAGGCUGCCAUGGCAACAGCAACCAUUUUGCAACAGAAGAGGAGUGCCACAGGGUUUGCCACGAGCCCAAUGGCGCAGCAAAUGGAAAUGGCAACAAUGGAAAUGGAAACGGAAAUGGCGAUGGUGACUCAAACGGAAAUGGAAACGGUAACGGCCAUACCAAUGGAAAUGGAAACGAGAAUGGCAAUGGAAAUGGAAAUGGUGAGCACGACAACGGAAAUGGAAACGGUAACGGCCACACCAAUGGAAAUGGAAACGAGAAUGGCAAUGGAAAUGGAAAUGGUGAGCACGACAACGGAAAUGGAAACGGUAACGGCCACACCAAUGGAAAUGGAAAUGAGAAUGGCAAUGGAAAUGGAAAUGGUGAGCACGACAACGGAAAUGGAAAUGGUAAUGGCCAUGCCAACGGAAACGGUAACGGUAAUGGCCGUUCAAAUGGAAAUGGAAACGGUAACGGCCGCACCAAUGGAAACGGUAAUGGCCACUCAAAUGGAAAUGGAAACGGUAACGGCCGGCGAAAUGGAAAUGGAAACGGCCGCACCAACGGAAACGGUAAUGGACACUCAAAUGGAAAUGGAAAUGGUAAUGGCCUCACAAAUGGAAAUGGAAACGGUAACGGCCGUACCAACGGAAACGGUAAUGGCAACGGCCGCACAAAUGGAAAUGGAAAUGGCCACUCAAAUGGAAACGGUAAUGGCAACGGCCGCACAAAUGGAAAUGGUAAUGGCCACUCAAAUGGAAAUGGAAACGGUAACGGCCGCACCAACGGAAACGGUAAUGGCAACGGCCGCACAAAUGGAAAUGGUAAUGGCCACUCAAAUGGAAAUGGAAACGGUAAUGGGCUCACAAAUGGAAAUGGAAAUGGUAACGGCCGCACCAACGGAAAUGGUAAUGGCAACGGACGCACAAAUGGAAACGGUAAUGGUCGCACAAAUGGAAACGGUAAUGGCCACUCAAAUGGAAAUGGAAACGGUAAUGGGCUCACAAAUGGAAAUGGAAAUGGUAACGGCCGCACCAACGGAAAUGGUAAUGGCAACGGACGCACAAAUGGAAACGGUAAUGGUAACGGUUACGCAAAUGGAAAUGGAAACGGUAACGGCCGCAUCAAUGGAAACGGCAAUGGCAAUGGUAACGGUAAUGGUUUUUCAAAUGGAAACGGUAACGGCCACACCAAUGGAAACGGCAAUGGCAACGGUAAUGGUUAUUCUAAUGGAAACGGUAACGGCCGUCCCAACGGAAACGGAAAUGGUAAUGGCCGCACCAACGGAAAUGGUAAUGGUUACUCUAACGGAAACGGAAAUGGAAACGGAAAUGGUAAUGGCCGCACCAACGGUAAUGGUUACUUAAAUGGAAAUGGAAAUGGUAUCGGCCACACAAAUGGUAAUGGUCACGAGAAUGGCAAUGGAAAUGGUGAGCACGACAAUGGAAAUGGAAAUGGUAACGGCAACGGUCAUUCCAACGGAAAUGGAAACGGUAAUGGGAACGGCCACUACAACGGCAAUGGAAAUGGUGAGCACGACAACGGAAACGGUAAUGGUAACGGAAACGACCACUCCAACGGCAAUGGAAAUGGUGAGCAUGACAACGGAAACGGACAUGACGACUCCAACGGCAAUGGAAAUGGUGAGCACGACAACGGAAAUGGAAACGGCCACACCAACGGCAAUGGAAAUGGUGAGCAUGACAACGGAAACGGUAAUGGUAACGGAAACGACUACUCCAACGGCAAUGGAAAUGGUGAGCACGACAACGGAAACGGACAUGACGACUCCAACGGCAAUGGAAAUGGCGAGCACGACAACGGAAAUGGACAUGACGACUCCAACGGCAAUGGAAAUGGUGAGCACGACAACGGAAAUGGAAACGGCCACUCCAACGGCAAUGGAAAUGGUGAGCACGACAACGGAAAUGGAAACGGCCACACCAACGGCAAUGGAAAUGGUGAGCAUGACAACGGAAACGGUAAUGGUAACGGAAACGACUACUCCAACGGCAAUGGAAAUGGUGAGCACGACAACGGAAACGGACAUGACGACUCCAACGGCAAUGGAAAUGGUGAGCACGACAACGGAAAUGGACAUGACGACUCCAACGGCAAUGGAAAUGGUGAGCACGACAACGGAAAUGGAAACGGCCACUCCAACGGCAAUGGAAAUGGUGAGCACGACAACGGAAACGGCAAUGGUAACGGAAACGGCCACUCCAACGGAAACGGCAAUGGCCGCUCCAAUGGCAAUGGAAACGGUAAUGGCAACGGAAAUGGAAACGGCCACUCCAACGGAAAUGGGAAUGGUGAGCACGACAAUGGAAACGGUAACGGAAACGGAAACGGACACUCAAACGGAUAUGGACAGCGUUCCAACGGAAACGGCAACGGCCGCUCCAAUGGCAACGGAAACGGUAAUGGAAACGGCCACUCCAACGGAAACGGAAAUGGUGAGGAGGACAAUGGAAACGGAAACGGUGAGAACAGAAAUGGAAAUGGCCGCUCCAAUGGCUACCGCUUCAAGAUAGCCUCCCGCGUGGCCCACACUGCCCACAAGGCCCGAGUCUACAUGAAGGCCCGCAAGCCUUACUUUAUCACCGUGAAAAAGCACUACAUCCCUGGGGCCAGUUUGACUUUGCAAGCCCAGGUCAGGAUCGACCAGUCGGACCCGUCCUCCGUGGAAGCCCUAGUGGGCCAGACGGUGGUCCUGCCCUGCAGAGUCAGCCCGCCUCCAUCGCCAUCGUCGUGGUCAUCCAGUGCAGCCGUGGUGGUCGAGUGGAGGAAGGAUGGAGCCGUGCUGACGUCACACAGACAACAGCAGCAGCCCAACGGUUCCUUGCUCCUCGGACCCGUCAGCAAGUCAGACGCCGGCUGGUUCUUGUGCGUGGCCACCAGGGAGCAGGAGAGGGACCACCGCUACGUUUACCUGACCGUCUCAGAGGGGCCGUCCCAGCCGCAGCCCACCACAUCGCCGACGGACAAACUCUCACCAGGGUUCACCCUGGAGCGCUCGGCGCCAUCUUUGCUGGAAACGCGGGCGGGAAACGCGGCCCGACUGUCGUGCACCGUCGUACCCGCGGCCGCACUGCCGUUCGUCAGUAUACAGUGGACGCGGGACGGACGUACGAUCAGCGACUCCAGGUUUGUCCAGCAGUCAGAUGGCGCACUGCUCAUCGAGUCGCUCCGGACGGAGGACGCCGGCAUUUACACUUGCUCCGCCUCUACGCAGCACCAGCUGGAGCAAAGACGCGUACAGCUCAGAGUCCAAGCCGCCGUGCGGAUCACCAAAGCUCCUGACAACAUCCAGGUCCCUGAAGGCAGCACAGCCCUGCUGCCCUGCGUGGCGUCGGGAGACAACGUCAGCAUCGGCUGGUCCAGGAAUGGCGUCCCGGUGCGUCCAGAUGGGCGUAAGGUUCAGGUGUCACCCGACGGGAGCCUGAUCCUGAACAAUGUGCAGGCAUUCGAUGAGGGCACGUACACGUGCAACGCUUAUGCUGGCGUUUACUCUGUCAGUGCCACAGCUGACGUGCGCAUCGCUAAAGAUGGCCAUACAGGCAUAUUGGUGACAUCAUCAUCAUCAUCAUCGUCAGUGGGAACGCCGUGCUUGGACCAGCCCAAGCUAGCCAACUGCGAACUGGUGGUCUACGCCCGCAUGUGCACCAACCCGUACUACGCCGCCUUCUGCUGUGCCAGCUGUGCCCGGCAAGCACGGAGUGGGGACAGGUUAGCUCAGUGACUCUGUGGUGCCAAAAAAGUCAGCGCUCUGGGCUAAUCCAACGUUAUCAUCAAGUAGAAGAAGUUUUAUUGUCAUUUCAUCAUAUU